UUUCAUAACCUAAGAUACGAAGUUCUACUUAAUGUCAUGUCUAUCCUAUCCUUAGUCAAUGGUGUAAUAUAUAUUACAUCGUAGUCGAGAUAUGCUUUAUAUGGCUUUACAAGUCGGUCGCCAGCUAUAGAACGCGGCCUGCGUUGCUGCCUUUGGUGAUAACAAUAACCAUGUAUACAAAUGCACGAGCUCGUUGCAGAUUGCAGCUGAUUGCAAUUGUAGACCACAUCGUGACAGGUCUAUGAUAUUUAUAUUGUUUUGUUUAAAACAAAUUAAUUAAUAUUUUUAUCAACUCGCUGCAGGCUCAUCCUGUGAUCGGUCAAUGCUCGAUCUAUCUUAUGUAUAAAUGGACCUUAAAUCAUAGAGGACAUAAUAAAAUCUGAUUUUUUACACGAUCGGUAUUUCAGAUCAUGGAACAUCAAGUUCUAUAAGAUGAUAGGUCUAAUCUGUACCUCGUCUAUGGUUAUACCUCGUCUUAAAUUAAACGUUAUUAAUAAAAAUAACUUUUUUAAAAAUGAGCAAAAGUGAAAACUUUAUUAAAAAAGGCACCACUAUUCUUACCGCCAAACCAUUUGCUUAUGUCCUUUGUUCAAAAUAUAAAAAUGUCCGGUGUGAUUAUUGCUUUAAAAGUGGAAAACUCUUUAGAUGUUCUGCCUGUCAGUAUGUUUAUUAUUGUAAUCAAUCUUGUCAACAAAUGUCUUGGCCCAUGCAUAGUAAAGAAUGUGCAAGAUUAAAAAAAUGUUCACCAUGGGGUAUAUCAAAUGUUGCAAGACUAAUGGCACGUAUAAUUAUAAAAUUAAAUCAAGGGGGAGACGAAGAAAGAGGAUAUUAUAAUGAAACUAGUUAUAGGAAAUUUAAGGACUUAAUGUCUCAUUGUUCUGAGAUAGAAAAGGAUGAGAAAAAAAUGGAACAUUUUGUAUGCUUAUGCAAUGUUUUACAUAAAUUUCUUGAAGAUAUGCCUAUACCAAGUACUGCAGAAUUAUUGGGUAUUUAUGGCAGAAUUACUAUUAAUUCUUUUAGUAUAUUUAAUUCGGAUAUGAAUAUCGGUGUUGGUAUUUAUUUGGGACCUUCUAUUCUGGAUCAUAGUUGCAAACCUAAUGCUGUAGCAACCUUUGAGGGAACUACCAUAACUGUUAAAGCAAUAGAAGAUCUUCCUUCUUUAGAUUUGUCUCAGAUAAGGAUACCAUACAUUGAUGUAAUUAAAACAACGAGAGAUAGACGUGCAGAACUACAAAGUUCGUAUUACUUUUGGUGUGACUGUGAAAGAUGUGAAAAGCCAGAACCAAUGGCAGAAGCAGCAGCAUGUCCAAACAAACUUUGUACAUAUCCUUGUGCCCCGAAUGCUGAUUUAUGUGAAAAGUGUAAUACAAAAUUCCCAGAAAAUUUUAAAGAAAUUUUUGAUGAAAUAUCUGAGUUUACUGCAUACCAUCUAGAAAAUAUGAAGAAUAUUGCCUAUCUGGACGUAAGCAAAAUGUGUCUCUCAAGGCAAGAAGGCAUUUUACAUCCUCUCAAUGUGCAGUAUGUACAGACUUUACAAACUGCUUUUGACUCCUCUAUAAAUUUGCAACAUUGGGAAGAAGCUGAAUCCUAUGCUAAAAAACUUAUUAAUGGCUAUUUAACAUAUUAUGGAGAAAUUCAUCCGUCAACUGGAAUACUUUAUUUAUCAAUAGGAAAACUUGAGGUAUAUUUGAAAAAGUUAAAACAAGCUAUCAAAACGUUAAGAAAGGCUAGUUCAAUAUUAACAAUAACACAUGGAGCACAACAUAGUGUGAUAGUAGAAAAUUUGAAACCACUUCUUUAUCAAGCCACUAUAGAAGACUUCAGUGAAUCAUAACAUUUUUUAUGUCGAUAAUUUAUAAUUGUAUAUAAUAUAUUAACAAUAUACAAUUUACAAUAAAUAAUAUUAGUAUUU